UUCGACGCAACUCGCACUCCACCAGAGAGGUGUGAGGACAUGAAGCUAGCGCACGAGGAUAAAAGUAAGAUUAAUUUAACGUCAGGAUUACGAAAAUAAGCUUAGCUUAUAUAAAAUAUCAAGUAAGACGUACCGUUGAAAACAUUCGAGUUGUUUUCGUUGGUGUAAUUAGACUCUGCCCGUCGUCGCAUGUUAUUGAAUGUUGGCUAGCUAGUCAGUUGAUGUUACUGCAGUUGUUCGCAAAUGUCAAACUGUUUGUUUAUAUAGGAAAUUACUAUUAUAGCGUGUCAUAAUAUGAGAUGAGAAUACGACAGAAAAAUUAAUUUGCUGUCGUAUAUUUUAGUUGUUACAGGUUAAAACCUGUCGUUAAUUAUAUUGCAAAAUAAUCGCUAGUGCAUGUCAACUUGACAUUGCGUUGCACUUGUCUCAGUCCUGUUAAUACAUGGGAACUAAUUUGUAUAGUAAAUCUUUGUUUUUUAGCUAAUUCAGCGCGGACUUCAAAGUCAAAUCUAGAUAUCAUCGACUCGUGGUUCUAGAAGCAAAGAUGUUCCCCUCCGUCCAGCACCGCCCAGUGUGCAAUAUAGGGGCCAGAGCUGUCCGAUUGCAAAACUUCAGCACUUUUAAGCAAAGUAGUGCGAUAAGUAGCAAAUCAUGGAGUUUGUCAUGGCUGGGUGAACGCGUAGGCCUGCUGGUGUCAUGGCUCCAGAAAGCAGGAAGGGGAACGAACAAGCUGGCCUCCGAGAAAAAGAAGAAGGAGAGGCUACUGUCUAUAUUCGCCAACCACUGCAGUUUUGUGACAGGCCAGAGGCUGAGAAGAGCCCUUCAGAUAGGAGAGCUGUACUCGAACCUGUACUCCGAGAGGAGCAGGUGGACACUCGUGGGCAACAUAUGGCGACGCCUGCAGAGCAAACACGCCCCCACUGGAAAACUCAUAGCAGCACUGGCUGGCGUCUUCAUGUGGGAAGACGAGAAGAUUGGGGAUGAUGAGCUAAGAAGGUGUGCAUGGGAGCUGCAGGCACUGGAGUCGGUGAGAAGCCAGAAUGUGAACCCAAAGACAGCUGUGCGUGUAGAUCCAGCCUGGGAGGUGGUCGUGGAGAAGAAAAACUUCAGAGUUUGGAGGAGGCCUAUCCAGGGUAGCCAUCUUUUUGAAUACAGAGUGUUUGGUUCAUAUACAGACGUGACCCCCCGGCAAUUCUUCAAUGUUCAGUUGGACACAGAGUACAGAAAGAAGUGGGACGCACUGGUUAUCAAACUGGACGUGGUGGACAGGGACGUCAACACAGGCACUGAAGUCAUUCAUUGGGCGACACAUUUUCCAUAUCCUAUGUACUCCAGAGAUUAUGUCUACGUGCGCCGAUAUCAUGUUGAUGUGGAGAACAACUUAAUGAUCUUAGUCUCCAGAGCCGUCAGACAUCCCUGUGUCCCAGAAACCCAGGAAUUCGUCCGAGUUCACUCUUACCAGUCCAAGAUGGUCAUCCGCCCACAUAGGUCAUUUGACGAGAAUGGCUUUGAUUACCUGCUGACUUACAGCGAUGAUCCCCAGACGGUCUUCCCUCGCUAUUGUGUCAGCUGGAUGGUGUCUAGCGGCAUGCCAGACUUCCUGGAGAAGCUUCACACCGCUGCUCUCAGAGCUAAAAACAUGGACGUUGGCAUCCACGACUACGUCAGCAUCAUAAAACCUACCCAACCCACCCAAGAGCGACUAGCUGACAACGCUCACACCGGAGGCCCGAGUCAGAUCUACGCCUGAGCGUCUGACAACAGCGAUUGCUGUACAGUGGUAAAAUGACCCAGAACUGAACAGUUGUCACUUGAGGGGUCAUUAAUGGAAACCACAAAGAAAUCCAAACCAUCUAUUCUCAAAAUUCAUCUAUGCUGUUGACCAAUACUGCACUAGCUGUAAUACUGAGCACUCACAUUCUCCAUUUCAUGCGCUGUUAGUUUGCUUCCUCUUUCUGCAGGGUGCAUCUAAGCCAAGCUGCUAAGAUGAGCCAAAAUAAUGCCAUUUAUUAAUUGUAGUUUCUUCUGCCAAGACGUAUUUCACUCCACAUUUAAAUCAUGAUCAUCAAAAUUGAUCACGCUGUUGAGAUACUGAAAAACAACAGGAGAAGCAUCUACACGGCCUAUAACCUUCAACUUCAAGAAGUUGCUUAUGCAGAAAGCCACUUUUCUCACUUUGUGGUUUUUUUUUCCUCCAGUUUAUACUGUGACAAGCUGCUCUCAGCUAAAGCAGAUCGACUCACCAUCGUCCUCAUUUACCGUGUGAAUGUUCACUGCCAGUAAAACCCAAACAGCCUUCAUAGGAUCACCAAAACCUCCUCUGGAAACGCAAGAGAGGUGUGUCUUAUGCCAACAACCGCAACAUCCUCACGAUCAGCUGCGCUCUCCAGGGCUGUUUAAGGUCUAAAACAUCUUUUCUACUACUGAACUCCAGCAAAUGAGGACACUGUGACUCGAUAGUGUAAUGAAAGUGGAAGCACGGCAUGCUCGUCAGCAUACAAAUGCACUGCAGAAUGGAUUUUAUGCAAGUGCAAAGAAUUAGGGUGUUUUGGUGAAUGGGAUCGUCUGUGUUAAACGUUCAUACUUCAGAAAAGAUAAAGAAUUGGUACGGUCAAACUUGGCUUGUUGAGGCAGAUUACACUGACUUCGGACAACCUGCAGACGUAAAUCAAGAUUCUUGUCCUUGUCUUGACCUUGAUUUCAUACUGAUACAGUAGCACUUCAGUUUGCUGUGUGGAUCAAUCAUCUGAGGAAAUGCAAAGGUACAUGCAUUUCUUGUACCCAUUUCUUCUUUAUGGUCUCUGCAGAGGAAAUGAAAACCGAUCUUUGAAUCUCAAGGUCAGAUUUUGUGGUGGAUGUGAGCAAAUAUAUACUCGUUUGUGACAGAUGUCCUCUGUUUGAAUGAGGUUAGCACUUGAUAGCGGCAUGACACUUUUUGUUACAUGAGUGGUAAAUAAGCAUAAUUUGCAAAGGAAUUAUGUUGCACUUAAAAUGAGAAUGGUCCCAAAGAUGCACUGUUGAGUUGGUUGAUUACAUCUCAACCUUGUGACUUCCUGUUUUGAACAUCUGCUCUUUACUGAAGGUGCAAGUAAACAUCAGCAUCCUGUUCACUUUUGUUCCAUAUGAAAUUAAUUCCCUUUGUUUCUUUAAUUUCGUCAGAAUACCUUUGUUGCACCAUACUGUUAAGGUUCAUCAUGAAAAGACAAGGCCUAAAUAUAUUUGUGUAUGUUUAACACCUAGAUAGCACUGUCCUGUUUACAUCCCAGUGGUUUAAAGGCGGUAAAAAUAGCUUUUUUUGUUUAAAAAAAACUUGGUUUUCUAUUAUUUUGUUUUGUUUAAAACUGUUGUUCACAGUGGUCAGUCAAAAAGUACUUUGAAAGGUGUUGUUAGUAAGGAAUAUUCCUAGUUUAUAGGUGUUGCGCUCUAUUGACAACAUUUGUGCCAUGUUGUUGAUUACCACAGAUAAUAGUUUUGAUUUCGAUCUUAGUUUUUCAUUUUCGAGGUUCGAGUUGAAAUUAUGUACUGUGCUAAUAUAGCAUAACUAUGCUUUUUGCUCUUUAAAGGGAUAGUUCACCCAAAAAGGAAAAUUCUGUCAUUAAUUACUAACCCUCAUGUUGUUCCAAACCUAUUAGGAGCGGAUUUCAUCAAAAAUAUCUUAAUUUGUGUUCUGAAGAUGAAUGAAGGUCUUAGGUUUGGAACAAUUUGAAAGUAAUUAAUAACAGAAAUUUUAUUUUUGGGUGAGCUGUCCCUUUAAUACAUAUAAGUACAAAUAUUCCAGUGUCAUAUUUUGUUCCAUUUCCCAAAAAUAAGUGUUAAUUUAUUUACAGGCAAAUUACAAUACUGUCCACUCACCCUGAAUAUGGUUGUUAAGCACAUUCAAUAUUUUCUAUCAUUUCAUCAAAACAUGUUAAAAUCUCAGAAAAUUACUAGUAUACUGAAAAGUGCAUUUUCUUGGUGUUUGACUAUACUCAGCUUAUGAUUUGAGUCGAAGCAUCAUGAUAAAACAACCGCAGUUUAAUGCGCUUGAAAGCAUUUUCACUUUUUCUAAUAUCUAAACUAGAAGUGUUCUACUUUAAUCUCAAAUGAAAUAGUGGAUGUAUGAAUGAUUAAGACACAAGAAGCAUGAGAGUUUGUUUUUGCUCUAUUGUGAAAAUGAUCCACCUAAUUCAUUAAUUGGUGACAAUAAAAAAUUUGAAGUAA